AGAAAAAAAAUAUAUAUAUACAUUGUGUUGAUAUAUUUUUUGGAUAAAUCUUUGUGAUUUAUCAGUGUAGUUUUUUUUUUUUUUUAUUAUCUGUUUGAUUCGAUUCGAAGAAAUCCUGUGUAUAGAUCAACUUGAUCAGACAAUUCCUGUAAUGGUGUUGUCUCAACCACCACUGACACGCGCAUCUUCCAGGACAACGUGAAUGUCGAAAUUUCAUAUUAAUAGUUUGUGGAAAACGAGGCAAAAAUGCCCUCGAAAAAACAGUAUAAUCUCGUGCACAAUGACGAGUACGACACGAGGAUUCCAUUACACAGUGAGGAAGCAUUUCAUCGUGGAAUCAUUUUUCACGCAAAGUUCAUUGGAUCUAUGGAUGUACCACGACCAACAAGUCGAUUGGAAAUUGUUGCGGCAAUGCGUAGAAUUCGAUAUGAAUUUAAAGCAAAAGGAAUUAAAAAAAAAAAAGUAACACUUGAAGUAUCAGUUGAUGGUUUAAAAAUGAGUCUUAGAAAGAAAAAAAAAAAAAAACAAUGGAUUGAUGAAAAUAAAGUAUUUCAAAUGCAUUAUCCAAUUUAUAGAAUAUUUUACGUAUCACAUGACAGCCAUGAUCUAAAGAUAUUCAGUUAUAUUGCACGUGAUGGUAACAGUAAUUCAUUCAAAUGUAACGUCUUUAAAUCAAGUAAAAAGAGUCAAGCUAUGAGAGUUGUUAGAACAAUUGGUCAAGCAUUCGAAGUGUGCCAUAAAUUGAGUGUUAAUGCUGCAACUGAUGAACGUGAUCAGGAUAUAACAAUUGAUAAAGAAAGAAGUAGAGAUAGAAGUGAAGAUCAUCUACUUCGUAGUGAUGAUUACGAAGAUGAGAUGACAAAUGAACGUCAAGAUACAAUUAAUAGACCACGUUCAUCAUCACCAAAUGUCAAUAAAGAUAUAUCAUUAUCAAAUGAUGGUGAUGAUGUUAAUGAAAAUCAUCAAAAUACAACACAAUCAUGUAUACUAAGAACUCAUGGUUCAUCAACAUCACCAAUUAGACAAUCACCAUUAGAAAAUGUAGAUAAUGAUAUUUUACUACUUGGUGAAAAUGAAUUGACUUCAUUGAAGCAUGAAAUACAAUUACUACGUGAAAGAUUAGAUCAACAAAAUCAACAAACAUGUGCAGCUGUAUCACAUGCAAGAUUAUUACAAGAUCAACUUGCUGCUGAAAGUGCUGCUAGAGUUGAAGCCCAGACAAGAACACAUCAGUUACUUAUACAAAACAAAGAACUCUUGGAGCAUAUUGGUGCAUUGGUGAGUCAUUUGAGAGAACAAGAACGUACUUCCGGGACUCAUGUAACAAUGCAACAACACAAUACAAUUGGAACUGGUUCUUCUGUUAAUCCACAAACUCCAACAGCACCAAAUAUUCCAAAUCUUGGUCAGCGAAAUGCUGGUGCAGGACAAAGUGGUGGUUCAUCAUGGGAAUUGGAAGCUCCAUCAUUUACAUAUUCAUAUACACCAGAAUCAUUAUUUACAAAUAAUAAUGGAAUUGAUAUUCAUCAAGGAUUUACAACAUCAAAUGAUCAAUUACAUUUUCAAACACAAUUAAUGGAAAGACUACAUAAUAUAAGUCCUUAUCAAAAUCAAAGAUCACCAUACACAACACCAUCACCUUAUUCAAUGCCACAACAACCAAAUUUUCUUCUAUCACCAAGUUGUAACAAGCCAUCGAAUUGUACACAACCAUCAUCCCUUCCCGGUUACUCCGUACGUGUAUCACAAGGAAAUAGCUUCGCCUCAUCACCAAUAAUGUCACAUAAAAAUCAAUCAUUAUUAACAUCACAAAAUUAUGAUAUACAUGAUCCAAUUAGUGAACUACAUGCAUUGAUAAAACCACUUCCUUGUACAUUACCACGUCAAAGAAGUAGCAUGCAUACAACAGCAUCAUCAUCAUUAUUUGAUAAACAACAACAACAAACACAAGUAUUAAGAUCAAGUUAUCCAAAUAAAAUGGUUAAUCAAUCACCAAUUAGUACAACUGGUACAUCAACAAAUACAACAAUGAUAUUAGAUCCACCACCACAAGGUAAAUCAAUGAGUGCUAGUUGUUCACCAGCACGUGAUAAUGUAAAGGAUAAUAAUGCUAGUUCAAAAAAUACAUUGGCAUCAAUAUUAACAACACCUGGACCUCCACCAUCAAGAACAACUAGUGCUAGAUUACCACCACGUAAUAAUGAUCUUAUUAGUCAAGUUCAAAGAAAAAAUUGGGCACGACACACGACCAAAUGAUUAUUUAUUCAAUUAAAGUUGUUUUUUUUUUUUUCCUUUUUCUUUUCAUAUUUAAAAAUUGUUUAUAUAUAUAUAGGUAAAAGAAAAAAUAAUAAUGAAAGUUAAAUAUAUAAU